UGGAGGGCGGCAUAGCGUUCGAAGAGUAGUCCGGCCUAAAUGCAUACGAAGAAGAAGAGGAACAGGAAGAAAACCAACAACAUCGUCACUAAGCCCAGUAGGAAGACUGCUGAGUAUUUGUGAAACAAUAGCAGAGACAGCAGAACUGAGAUGAGCUGAAGACCCGAGGAGAGGACACUUCACUGCAGACUUUAGGUGACACCUGUUGAGAAGCUAGAGCUGCAAGUCAGUAGAAUCAUGGAGGAUGACUCCAGGCCUUUGCUGAGUUCAGAGCAGACUGGAGAGGACUACUUGCAAAGAGACUCUACAAAUUCGCUAGACUUGAGAACUAAAAGGCCUUUCCAUGUGGAACGCAAGAACAUUAUAAAUGAUGGCCCACAAGAGACAGUAUCUGCUGAGGCUGCUGUACUCAACAGCAGAUUACACUACUACAGCAGACUCAUGGGGUCUUCUGAUCGACAAUUGAGUCCUCCAGAUCACGUGAUUCCCCAGCCAGAUGAGAUCUACAUCUACAGUCCACUGGGAACAGCUUUCAAGGUCCCAGGCAGUGACCAUACCGCUAAAAACCCCAGUAUCAUCACCAUAUUUGCAAUAUGGAACACAAUGAUGGGCACAUCUAUACUCAGCAUGCCUUGGGGUAUAAAGCAGGCUGGUUUCACUCUUGGAGUCUUCAUUGUCAUCUUCAUAGGCCUGCUGAUGCUGUAUUGUUGUUAUAUUGUCCUCAAAUCACCAAAGUCAAUACCCUGUGUGGACACAUCAGACUGGGAAUUCCCUGAUGUUUGUCAGUACUAUUUUGGAAAAGUUGGUCAGUGGUCCAGCUUGAUGUUCUCUAUGGUGUCACUUGUUGGAGCUAUGGUAGUCUACUGGGUACUCAUGUCCAACUUCCUCUUCAACACUGGACAGUUUAUUUACAACCAUGUUCACAAUAUCAACGUGUCAGAUUCAGAGUUGGAAACCAAUGGCUCAGAAAAAGUCAUCUGCCCUUACCCAAAUACUAACCCUGGAGGGAACAACACCAUCAGCACCCUUUACCUCAGUGACAAUGGAAAUAUGUCUGAUGUGAACCCUUUUGAACGCUACUGGAGUAAAACCAACACUGUCCCCUUCUAUCUCAUCAUUCUGCUCCUUCCACUGCUCUGCUUCCGCUCAGCUUCCUUCUUUGCAAGAUUCACUUUCCUGGGCACCAUAUCAGUGGUCUACCUGAUUGUAUUGGUCACUGUCAAAGCUGUCCGCCUUGGCUUUCACCUGGAAUUCCACUGGUUUGACAAAACAGAAUUCUAUGUUCCAGAGUUCAGAUUGCUCUUCCCUCAGCUCACUGGUGUUCUCACUCUGGCCUUCUUCAUUCACAACUGCAUCAUCACAUUAAUGAAGAGCAACAAGGACCAAGAGAACAAUGUGCGCGACCUGUCUGUGGCUUAUCUUUUAGUGGGGCUAACCUACCUGUAUGUUGGAGUGUUGAUCUUUGCUGCUUUUCCCUCUCCUCCUCUCUUUAAAGACUGCAUUCAGCCAAACUUCCUGGAUAACUUCCCCAGCAGUGAUAUUAUGGUGUUUGUGGCUAGGACCUUCUUGCUUUUCCAGAUGAUUACUGUAUACCCCCUGUUGGGUUAUCUGGUGCGGGUUCAGAUGAUGGGUCAACUAUUUGGAAAUCAUUAUCCCAGUUUCCUUCAUGUUCUGAUACUGAACAUCUUAAUUGUUGGAGCUGGUGUCCUGAUGGCCACACUUUAUCCCAAUAUAGGAUCCAUCAUACGGUUUUCUGGAGCAAUUUGUGGAUUGGCGUUAGUGUUUGUAUUUCCUGCAUUAGUCCACAUGAUCACCCUGAGACGACAGGGGAUGCUGAGGUGGAAGUCAGCGAUUUCCCACAGUUUACUAAUCUUACUUGGUGUGGCCAACCUGGUGGCUCAGUUUUUCAUGUAGUAGUGGCUAGUUAAUCUUUCAGAAUUAAGAUUAAUAAACAUGAAGAAGAAUUCAGCUGACAAUCUGACAUUAUUUGAAGAAACUUUAAGUGUGAAGGCAGAUGAAUCAAAUCAGCUACUCAGAUUAAUGUUUGUGGUAGUUAAAUUGGCUAUCACAAGAAGUUACAGUUGAAUAUUGGGGCAGUAAUACAGUUUAAUAACAGGAAUUCAGUGUUUUUGUUCAUUUUUAUUUUCUUCAUGUUAUCCAGCCUUUUUUUCUUUGAUCACAUCUUCUUCUGAUAUUUGUUCACAAACUGUAGUUUCAACAGACAAUUUCAAGAGAUGCCCUGCUAGUCGUAUACCAUAUUGUAAACUGUGUUGAAACACAGAUGUGUCAGAUGGGUGUGAGCAUUUUAUUAAUGGGUUUAUGGUUACCAUACAUAAUUUUUUUGGCAACAGUUUCCCUGGAAAAAGCCAAGGGCUUUUAGCUCUCUAUAGUUCCUCAACUGUAACUUGAUAGAGCUGGAUUACAGCAGUCACAGUUAUAGCUUGCUGAUAAUAACUAUCAAGUAUAGACUAGCUAUUUUUUAUUAAAAUUAUAAAUAACAUCUGGCUCAACCAUAGGAUAAUUAAUUGCUGUCUUGAUUAGUUUUAAAUAUAUACUAUAUUUUACUAAUGAUUGGAAACUAAAGGGAUGAUGUGCGUGGAAAGAGUCUGUAUUAACUUUAGUUUUCACGUUAUUUUUAAUCAUCAGUAUCAGUGUGAAAAAUAAUUUUGGUUUGAGGCAAAUUUUAGUACUGUGGGCAUUAUUAUCUGUAAUACUACAUUCACUGAGGUCACAUGGGGAUCAAGAUGCACUGUGGUAAAAAGCAAGCAAUAGCUCAGUAUUAAUAAUUGUUAUAGCAGGGUAAUAUUAGACUAUUAAUAACUAGUUUUGCCUCAUAGGCAUCUUUGUAUGUUACCCAUGCCCAUAGCUUUUGGCCCCUUCUUUCACAUUUUAGUCUAAUAUGUUUCAGCCAUAACAUGUGUUGAUACAAGCUGUUACUUGGUUUAUACCUUGGUAUUUCUCAUGCUAUUAUGUGAGUAUUGCACUGUUUAGACAUUACACCAGUAUUAUCAUGUUAAUACUGAGCUGUUAUUAAGUCCUGUCAUAAUAGUGAACAAAAUUAUAAAUAUCAAUGUGGGGUUUUCAGAUUGGUUCAGAGUGAUUUCCCUUUCCACACAGCAAAAAUGAACAGAAAUGUUGGGUGUGAGGGAAGAUAAGGUGCUGCGAAAGUCACCUGUACAAAUCAGUCAAACUUUUUAGGUGUUUGGUUUAUUUUAUUAUUAUGAGGUUUGUUGUUUUUUUUCUGUAGCCCACAAACCAAAAUCUGAUUUAUUUUUCUCCACACUUUGUAUUAUUUGAUAAUCUUUAAAUGGAUACAGCUGAAGACUUUUUCUAUCAGUGUAC